AUGGGUUGGAAAGAGCACUCCGCAGCAAUCGCCAUCGACUUGAAGAAAGAACAAGACCUGGUCGCUCAACUACGAUACCGCCUUGCAGAACGAGAGGAAGAACUUGUCGCCACCUUGUCCGGCAAGGCUCGUCGGGAUGUCAGUACCGGCAGUGUCGCGCAAGUCGGUGAGCUUGUCGACAUCAUCAAAGCCAAGGAUGAAGCCAUUGCUAGAUUGUCGAAAGAGGCGGCUCAGAAUGAGGACAAGAUCUUGACGGACUUUGGUGAGAUUGAGCAAAAGGUCGACACGCACGUUCAAGAGAUGCACCGGAAGAUCCAAGGGUUGGAGGAGGAGCUCGAGGAGGAGAAAGCAAAAGCGAGACCGAAAGGCAGUAUUAGCGACGGGGAACGCAAGCUUCGCAAUGAGGUUGUGGCGCUGAAGAAGGACAAGCAGACGCUUCAGGCGGAGAGCCAGCGGAUCCGAGGAGAACUCGCGGACUCAUUGAAGGUCAGACAGAGCCUCGCCAACCAGCUACAGGCGGAAAAGGCGGCCAACAUGAAGAGACAUGCGUUCAUGACCAGUGAUCCGGAGAAAGAGAUGGAGGAUGAGGAUGAUGAGGAGGAAUUGCCAGAUCUCAGGUCCCAAGCAGCUAUCAAAGCCGAAAAGCUCGGAUCGUCCUCUCUGCCCGUUCACCAAACGGCGUUGAGUAGUCCGCCGCCCACACCUUUCAAGCGGCCCAAGCCUCCACCACCUCAAUCUCCAGCGCAAAAGCAGACACCGACAAGAGCACCUCCAUCUAGCAAGAAGCGCAAGAGCAGCGCAGAGACAGAGGCAGCAGAAGAGCUUGCCACGCUGACAGUGUACGAUGCACCGACCGGCUCGCGCAGGAGAAACCGACCCAUCUACGCCGGAGACCUAGAAGCACUGGGAGAGCGCACCGCGACGAAUGGUUCCGCUCGGCCCGCGAAGAAGCAGAAGUCGUCCAAGGUGGUCCCAGAUGGCGGCUCAAAGGAAUACCAGUUCGACUUCCGCGCAAUCGUCAGCUACGACGCCGAAGGCGAAGUCUUCGAAUUCUACAGAUGCAAUGAAUUGCUGCCAAUGGGCGAACUCUGGGAGCGCAUCGAGCUCUGCGCGCGCACGAUGUGGGAAGCGAAGAAGGGCGAAGCGUGGUCAGAGCAGUUCAAAGUCGACAGCGGAAAAGCGGCGAAUCAACAGAAGCACCUCUGCGUCAGCCAGAAGUGCCAGGGCUUACGCACGACGUGGCGCGGCGGGGAGGGCAUGUUUGCGUGUAAGGAGUGCGUGAAGCUGGGCCGGCCGUGUUUUACGUUCGUGUGUACGGGUGGGUGGGGGGAUGACGGAUGUCCGCUGGGCGAGUUCAGGUUGUUGCCGUUGCAUGAGGGGGAUAGGGUCAAGAGGGUGAAGAAGGAUUAUGAGAUCAGGCACUGGAUUGAUGAUGAGAUUGUGUUGGUUGAUACGGACGAAGUUGGUUUAGAGGAGGAUUGA